AAGCACAUGGGCUGAGGAGGCAGGAAAGCCUUUUUCCAGCUUUGGUUCUCUGUUUUUUUGUGUGACCCUGGCAAACCACUCAACUUUCCUGGGCCUCAGGCUAGGUCUGUUAAAUGAAGAAGAUGACUCGCUGGGAUCCUUUCUAACUUUAAAACUCCAUGACUGACCAGGGCACCAAGGAUAGCAAAGAAGUUUCUGUUUGACAGCAUUUUUAUUUUUAAUUUCAUUAAGCAAAGAAGUCAUCUUAAUUUCAUCUUGCAAAGUCAAGAGGAAUAAAUCACUUAUCUUACUACUUUGAGUAGGAGAGUUAGAAGAAGGGAUCCUAUGUUACUUGUGUAUUUAUGCUCUGACCUAAUAUUAGGUAAGUGACACAUGUUGUGGUGGGGAGUCCCAAUUAUAACACCUGGAAGUAGUUUGGUAAUAGAAUGACUCAGAGGAAUGUUAAAUCACUAUUUUUCCCUGAGAAAGAUAUUUAUCUAGACUCCCAGAAAGUUACUACCUUUUACAUUGCGAUGUGUGCUUCGGAUUGAGAAUGCUGGGAGGUAGGCCCACUGUGUGAUAAUACUCAGACAUCAGGCUAAAGGUCACACUGAAGGUCUGUCAUUGCUGGGCUCCUGAGUGGUAAAAAGGCUGCUAGUGCUGAAUUUAUGUUUCAUGAGAUCAGCAAUAGGAUGCUGCCCGAGCUGGCUUUUUGUCAUAAGCUGAACUGGGCAUGGUCACAAGCAGGGUGGGCAGAUAGAAUUUUGAAAUAAUGAACAUGUCACAGCUGUGAAAGAGUGAGGAAACAGUGUUGACUGAAUACAAUCUAUACCGCAGUCAAAGGGUGACUCUUUUUGAAGAAAGGCUUUGUUCUGGCUCAAUUCUGGAGGAUGAGCCACUGACAAAGGCUUCAUCCAGAGCAGCAUGGAAAAGAUCAUGCAGCAGACAUUGGUUGCUUCUCUUCUCUGUGGUCAUCACUGUGAGGGGUUUUAUUUCCCUCUCUACCAAGAGCAUCUAGGGAAAAAAAGAGAAUUGUUUCAUUUCAGAAAUUUUGUUUUUUGUUCUAGUAAAUAAAGACAUGUCAUGAAUAAAUUCAAGUAAAAUUCAAAAUAAACUAGAAGCUUGGAUCAAAAAUGCAGGUGAUAGGCUUUUAUAAAGUGCCAUUGUAUGGUAGACCCACCUAGGGAUGCAGAGAUCAACAUUCAGUAGCCUCUGUCCUUAAGAACUAAACUUGAGUAGGUAGACAGAUAAAUGGCUAAUACUUUUUUUUUUCUUGGUAGAGGAAGACCUUUAUUACUGAUAGUAACAACCUGAAUUCUAGACUCUUCUGUGGGACACUGGAUUCCUCUUCAGCUUGUACAUAGAGGGAAGAAAAUGCCAUGCUCCUGUGAAGCAUAAGAAUACGUCAGCAGCUGCUAAGAAAUUGAUAGGGGCAGGGUGUACCUGGGCCAGCACUGCCCUCAUUGUAGCCAUAUUUAUUGAAGAUCUCAGAGAGUUGUGAAAGCAAAGACGACAAAAUGAACUGAGAUUUCAGAAAUGGAAGAGCCCAUAUGAGCUAAGAAUACUGACAGUCAUUUUUCCUAAGUGUAUUUGCCCAAAAUGGACACUGGCUAAAGAUCAAGCUUGCUAUGGAGAUAAAGAUGAAUGCCGUGUCUCAUCCAACACUGAAAAUUUGAAGUUUAGAAGACAUUUACUAAGUCAAAUCACCUCAAGGACAUUGUUAUUCAAGUCAAAAACAUAAUGCAGAAUUUUUUAUCAAUACCACCAAAAGAUCAACAAGGUGAGUCCAACAUCUCUUCUGGAACGAUUCAGAGUGGGAAAGGUUUGCAGAAUAAGAGUCAGUUUAGGACCAUUGCACCAAAAAUCAUGCCCAAAGUCCUGACAUCCAGAGUGCUGCCGUGCCCUUCAUCAUCACUCUCUGAUCAGGUGAAUCCAGGACCCUCCAUCAACGCCAAGCCUCUGGGGGUGCCCACCCAAAAUUACGCUCUGAUGCAGGUUGCUGGACAGGAAGGGACGUUUUCUCUCGUCGCUCUGCCACAUGUCGCCUCCGCUCAGCCAAUCCAGAAACCCAGACUGGCACUGCCUGAAAAUCUGAAGCUGCCUAUUCCUCGAUACCAACCCCCAAGAAAUAACAAAGGAUCGAGAAGGAAACCCACUCGGAGUUCCUCUGAGAGUGGUGCUGGCAUACCUCCUGCCCAAACCCAAACGUCCCCCUCCCCACCUGACCGUCCCAAACCCCCACACAGACCUGGUCAAUCAGAGCAAGUGCCGUCACUAGACCCAGGCCCGUCCAGCAUCAGCAUGGCGGCACUGACCAACCGUGGUGGCCCCGGAGACUCUCCACCCCCAGGGACCAACGACCGUGGAGAUCUGAACCCUUCUGCCACCCCGACGGUAUCCACACCAGAAGAGCCCUCAGCCAAGCCGGGCCUCGCAGUGACUCCAGGGAAAGCAACCUUGGCGAGUGAGGAAACCUGCAGUAAACCUUCUCCCGUUGCCAGUGGGAAACGGAGAGAACAAGCUGAUCUUACAAAAGCCAUGACCAUUUUAUCCCCAGCUGUUUUCAGCAAUGCAGUUCAGCUGAUCUCUCCAGUCCCCAGAGGUAAACUGCCCAUCCUGCCCUAUGCCAGAGGGAGAACAGCGGAGGUGUGUGGAGGCCAGUCAGACGUGAGCCUCACAGAUGGCUCUGUGCCCGGGCUCAGGGCAGCCUGUGGUAAGGCAUCCUCCAUCCCAGAGGGCUUUACUGCAGCCACCAAGAUGCUCGGCAAGACACCUGCUCCACAGAGCCCCUGUGAAAGUACCUUUUGUGCGGCCACCAGACCAGAUCUCAGCCACAAAGCAAAACUCAGUGGUGGGGCAGCAAAGAGAAGAGUAAGAAAACGAAAGGUACCAGAUGAAAUUUUGGCAUUUCAGGGAAAAAGGAGGAAAUGUGUCAUUAGUAAGUGUAAAGAUAGUAAAGAAAGAGUAAAAGCCGAUCCGCAAGAAUCCAGUGACCAAAAACCAGGGUCUCUGAAGAAAUACCGCAGCAUUAUGCCCAAGCCUGUGAUUGUCGUGUCUGCUUUGGCUCCCCUGGCUUCUCCUGCAGGCGUGUUCCAGCCCCAGACACCAGGCAGCCUCGGGCAGGACAUGUUGUUAAACAGUCCCCUCAGCCCUAAGUAUCCCGGCUGUAGACAGGAUAGCGGCACCUCCCCGAAGCCCGGCUCUGCGCUGAGAAACGGACUCUCGGGCAUUAAGAAACCGUGGCACAGGUGUCACGUCUGUAACCACCACUUCCAGUUCAAACAGCACCUUCGUGACCACAUGAACACACACACUAACAGACGGCCUUACAGCUGCCGAGUCUGCCGCAAGGCCUAUGUACGUCCCGGCAGCCUGAGCGCACACAUGAAACUCCAUCAUGCGGAGAACCGUCUGAAGAAACUCGUGUGCUGUGAGUUUUGUGCGAAAGUGUUUGGCCACGUCAGGGUCUACUUCGGCCACCUAAAAGAAGUGCACCGGGUUGUCAUCAGCACGGAGCCUUCCCCCAGUGAAAGGCAGCCAGGGGACGUGUCAAAGAACAGAGGCCUGACCACGCGAGGGCUGGAGGGACCCGUGGAGAGGGAAAACAAGUCAAGCCUAGAAGAAGACCUCCUCCUAACCCAGGCGGACGAAGUCAAAUUACAAAUCAAAUGUGGCCGUUGUCAGAUCACUGCCCAGUCUUUUGCUGAAAUCAAGUUUCAUUUACUUUACGUUCACGGAGAGGAAAUUCAGGGCCGGCUGCAAGAGGAGAUCUUACCGGGAAGCACAGGAGCUCAGGAAGAACUGGUGAAACACACCGCUUUCAGGAAACAACAUCCUGAGAGAAGGAGGCUACUCAAGCGUGCUCCCCCUGAUGAGGACUUAAAUGCAUUUCCUAAGCUGAAAAGGCAGCUGUGCCUUCAUCAUCACACUGAUGUGGACAGGUUCAGGAAAAUGGAGGGAGCCCAAGCGGGACCCAGGGAGCCGCUGCCAGGGGCGGUCCCCCGGGGCUCUGCGAGUCCCAGCCCCCACACCCUCCUCUUUGGGGACCGUUCAGGCUUUAACUGUGUCCUCUGUGCACAGACGCUGGCCAGGAAGGAAGAAGUCCUCCAGCACUGGGAACAAGAGCACAACUGUGAGGACCCUCCCAAGCUGUGGACGAUUUUAAAUGCAUUCUCUAGCCAGGGGGUGACCGGACCUCCCGGGGAGACUGAGAAAUGAAAUCUUGGGGGUGGGGGUAAAGAGAAUGCUGCUUGCUUGCUCUCUCUUUCUCUCAAAGCCCUGCAUUUUUAUGGUGGUGCUUAAUUAUAAAAGUCAGACAAAUUAGGAUCAGCAUUAAUGAGCACAAGUGAUUUUUGUACAUAGUUUUAUUUUCUUACAAAAAAAAAUAUAUAUAUAUAUGCCUUUGGUGUAUAUUUUUCUAACCAUAUGCAGUUUUACUUUAAAAGUCGAUGUACUAACCAUUAAUGUCUUAGACUUUGAGAAUAAAGAAAAAGACCAAAAUUUGGCAAUUGAAAUGUAAAAAAUUAUAUAGGCUGUUCUUCAAGUACAGUGUUCAGCGUGUUUGAGCGUGAGCAUAUAUCAUUUUGUUCAGCUGUUUGCUGUUUAAGUAGACGGACAAAUGUGAGCCAGGCCAGUCUCAGCCACACGUAUGGUGUUGAUAUUUAUCAGAUUCUCUGGUGUAUUUGAAUAGGCUGUAGAGCAGUACAUUUAAUAAGGUUCUCAUCUACCAUAAUUUAAAAUUCCAUGUUUCCUGGAUUUUUUCCAAUAUUUUUGCUAUUUUCUUAAAUGUACAUUGCCUUGAAGAUUAGAUGUUGGUAAGUCUUACAGCUGUAGUGUUCCAUAUCAAAGUAAUCAAGCAUUUUUUAGUACUUCAGCUAAUAAAAAACCACUUUUUGGUUAAAAGUUCUUCUCAAAUAGUCUUUCGGGCCAGGAAAUUUACAACCUGGAAAGUGUGCUAGACAGUUCAGCCCAGAUGGCUAGGUGUCUGAACCGCUCGCCCUCCCUCCCAAGGAGCUUCACAGGGUCAUCGCUAGCUGAUCAAUUUUCGAUGCAACUGUGCCUUUCAAGCCCAGGGUUCUCUUUGAAAGCCAAGAGUAAAUGAUUGCCUCUUAAAUUCCUGGGAACCAGAAAAGUUGCCACUUGGAGCUCCUGGACAUCCUGGCUGCAAAAUCAUUUUCUUAGAAUGGGGGAGUUUAAGCAAUCGUCCAGCUGAGGUUCCAGCCUCUGGGUGAAAGUACUGUGCAUGUGGCCAGCCCCGUCUGCCUGAAGCACGGCCCAGGCGUCGUCACAACAUGUUUCUGUGCUACAGGAAGUUGCCGAACCAGGAAGAACUGAAUUCGAAUUGAUAAGCUAGUGGGUUUUAAGUCAUCUUUUUUUUUUUUUAAUGUCUUAUUUUAAAAGAAAGUGUUCAUUAACACGAUUUGGCUCAAAUUUUCCAGAAAGUCAAUUCUUGACUUUUUGCAAAUAGUUUUAUACAUUUGAGACUAUGAGGGUAGGCGUGGAAAUCUCUGAAAGAUUUUGCUGCCGUGGUGUGUCGAUCAUCGUGCUUUACCCAGUUUGAAAGAGAUCAUAUCAGACCUUCACUGUUUGAUAUUUUUAGAACCAGGUUAGUAAUGAAACCACUUUGCCAUUCAGUGCAGCACCUUUUGGGAAGAUUGGUCUGAAGGCACUAAAAGUGAGAUCAACCAAGAAUACUACUUGAAUUCAAACCAUGAAACUUGAAUUCAAACUAUAAAAUAAUUUGUAGACUACUCAGUCCUUAGAUACUAAGCAGUAUUUCUGAAAUACUAGCCAGUCAGCCAAGGCAGAGGAGGGGGUCUGGAGUACGUACAGAGGCAGAGUUGUGGGGGAGAGUGCCCCCACACAGCAAGUAAAGGAAAGUCUGAAGUCCACCAGGUUGUGGAGACACCUGCUACAGCCAGUGUUUUGCCUACAGCAAAACACCGAGGGUAAAGACAGCCUGUAAAAAGUAGAGACUUAUGAAUGGGGCACGGGCCCAGGUAGGAGGGUGUGACUGGCUCAUGAUUAGGUGCCCUGACUGGAUCCCCUUCUCAUCAGGGCCCUAUACCAUAGGUUUGGGGCGGGGGGCAGGGGGGCCAGCACUCAUCUUUAAGAAAGCUCUUAUUAUGAGAAAAGGAGAUGUGCAGUGCAGAGGGCCUCACUGGAUGCCUAUGUGUGUGGGUUCAUUCGGAAUAGAAUGUUCUAGUUCUCAGCUUCUAGAAGCACUCCCCUGCAUUACAGUGGGAAGGGUCCUGCUGCCACCCAAGAUAAGGGGCUUCUGGCCCUUAAGAGCGCUUCUUCAGCUGGAGUGGCACGGAGAGGGACUCCUACUGGGGAGCAGGAAGGAAAGAGAGGGUCAUUCAGCUAAAGAGGCUCUGGGAACAGCUCAGAUCGAUAAGCCAGUGGGUCUUCAUUGAUGAGCCUUCCUUGGACACAGACAUGUUGUUGGUAUGGUCCCAACCUACAUCCUUGACCCACAGGCAGUGAGGUGUAGAAACAUGCUGCUCCGUGUGACCCUCAGAGCGUUACCUGUCCAGGACUCCAUUCCCUCGUGUGUGCACAGUGAGUGAUGCUCCUGCCUUGGGCCUCACAGUAACCGGGGGCUGAUAUUUAUUAUGUUUCUGGCCAGCCUUGGAGAAGAGGUGUAUUACACCAUAGAAAGACCAUUUAAAACGGCUCAGGUAGGCUCUUCCUGUAAGCGGCCUGAGGUGAUCUCUGAAAAUGGUCCGCCAUUCACUGGACCCAGAAAACCCUACAAAAUCAUGCAAAUGAAGAGAUUCAGAUCUUCAUGUUCACUUUAUACGCAUGUAUCCAAGGUCACAUGACAGUACCUGAAAGUACCUGCGAAAGAUGUCACUUUGCAGAAGCAAUGUGUGCCAUUCCGUCGCUACAAUGGUGGAUUUGGUAGUUGUGCCCAGGCCAAACAGUGGGGCUGGACACAGGGUCAGUGGCCCAAAACGUGCUGAGUUUUUACUGCAGAUGCUUUAAAACCGCAGAGUAAUGCUGAACUUAAGGGUUUAGAUGUAGAGUCUCUGGUCAUUGAGCUCAUCCAGGUGAACAAAGUCCCCCCAAGAUGUAGUGGAGAAUUUACAGGGUUCAUGGUGGAAUUAACCCAUACGUGAGCUCUCCCUGCCACGCUGAGACGAUCCUUACUGAAAAAGAACAGAGUAUUCCUAAACCAGAAGAGGAGGUUGCAAAAAAAAAAAAAAAAAAAAAAGGUUUUGCUCAGAAGAAAAAGACUUCCUGGAAGAAACUGAAGAAACAAAAACCUAUGGCCUGGGAGUAAAUUCUGCAUAAAAUAAAUGCAAAUAAAAGUAAAAAAAAAUAAUAAUAAUACAGUUUUAAAAAUAAAGCAGCUCAUGUAGGUCUCAAGUCCAGAAUUCAAAAAUGAAAACUACUGAGAACCAUAGAAAUUUUCAUCUUUGCAUAAAAAGUGUAUUUUAAUUUUUCAGUUAUCAAAGUAGGAUCUGGAGUACAUGGAGGCUGCCAAGUGUUUCUUUAUACAGAAAGUGGCAUUCAGUUAUUUCCAUUCUGGGCUCUACUUUGGCCCUCAUGUUCCUCCCUGAGGCUGCCCCUUCCUGGCCUGGAUCUGGCCAGCAUCGCAGUGCUCACCCCCCAGGUCUUGAACUUGACAGUGGACUUGUCCACUUCCCACACUAGACCAUAAGCCUCUGGAGGGCAGGGAUUGUGUCUUUGUUCAGCACACAGCCCCAGAGGGUCCAGUACCUGAUAUGGAAUAAUAUACAAUAAACAUUUGUUGAAAAAAUGGAUAUGUUAGCUAAAUACAAAUGGAAUUGGCACUUCCCUUUUUACAAAUAAAGCCAGCUUCAGGAGUAACCAAACUUACAGCUAGGAAGGCAUAGAGGCAAAUUUGGUCUUAAAUUCAGCACACUCAUUUUGCUUAAUGUCUUUUGCUUCUUGGAAAAUUGUCCCAAAGCCAGCAAAACGGGACUUUUUUCUUUUCUCUUGGCCCUAAAUUAUUUCUGAAAGUUACAGCAUUUUAGAUUUGUAUUGUUUUAUUAGCUGUCAUUUUUAUUCAUGUCCCCUUUUGUUACUCUCUCUUUCUCUGGACCUCUUCCUGGUUUAGCUCGACUAUUCCUCCGUUAAGCUGUUCCUCAUAUGGAAAGUUGUCUCUUCAUCAGCACGCCAUAAAUAAUCAAACCUGGGCGCGUUCCAUUACCUUCUCUGGCUCCACAUUCCUGCCUCCCAGCUGCACGGCUCCAGUUUUCUGUGGCCCCAGUGACAUGAUUGUUGGCAAUAAAUGCUCAACUUCAUUUAUUUAUUAGAAUUCUCGGAUCUGGGCUAGUUUGCUCCAUUCAAGCUGCUGACAUGCUUUGUUAGAUACAUAUUUUAUGGAGUCUCCUCCUUUCACUGAGCUCCUGAGAAACAAUGCCCCAGUAGAGAUGAACUGGGAUUUAACAGAACAGGCUUUUAGCUUCAACUUUAUACAGACUUCCCUGACAUUAGACAAUCAGCAGCUUAUCUAGGCUUGUGGUGCAAUCCAAUAUAUAUUUUAACUAUAUCCAUCUCUUCGAGAAUGUUCCUUUUGAGGUGAAAUGUUUAUUGUAUCUCCUAUUUGGUCAUGGUCAUGGUUAUCACCAUAAUAAAACUAUAGCCACAGUUUUGCAAGCAUAUUUUAAAGUUGUGUUCAGCGUGCAGACGUUAGCUUAGUGGUACAUCACAUUUUCCAUACUCUGAAGUGUGAAAAUGUUUCAAUGUGUUGCCUAACCCUAGGAAAAAUCGCUAUCUAUCGAAGGAAACCAAAUGUGACAACUCAAGAGAAACAAAGAUUAUUUGUUCUAAUUUUGAUAAUGAAGCUAAUUAGGAUUUUA